GUCGGCGGCGUCAUCAUGGCGGACGCGGCUUUGGACGCCGUGCGAAGGGAGUUACGGGAGUUCCCGGCUGCGGCAAGGGAGCUCAGCGUGCCUCCUGCUGUGCCCUACCUGGACAAGCCUCCGGGUCCACUCCACUUCUACCGUGACUGGGUCUGCCCCAACAGGCCCUGCAUCAUCCGAAAUGCCCUGCAGCACUGGCCAGCCCUCCAGAAGUGGUCCCUCCCCUACCUCAGAGCCACAGCGGGCUCUGCGGAGGUGAGUGUGGCGGUGACCCCAGAUGGUUACGCGGAUGCCGUGCGAGGGGACCGCUUUGUGAUGCCUGCCGAGCGCCGCCUGCCCCUGAGCUGUGUGCUGGACGUGCUGGAGGGCCGAGCCCAACACCCCGGGGUCCUCUACGUGCAGAAGCAGUGCUCCAACCUGCUCACUGAGCUGCCCCAGCUGUUGCCUGAUCUGGAGCCCCACGUGCCCUGGGCCUCUGAGGCGCUGGGAAGGAUGCCUGAUGCUGUGAACUUCUGGCUGGGAGAGGCAGCUGCAGUGACAUCGUUGCAUAAGGACCACUAUGAGAACCUCUACUGUGUGGUCUCGGGAGAGAAACACUUCCUGCUGCAUCCACCCAGCGACCGGCCCUUCAUCCCCUAUGAGCUGUACACACCGGCAACCUACCAGCUAACCGAAGAGGGCUCAUUCAAGAUGGUGGAUGAAGAGGCCAUGGAGAAGGUGCCUUGGAUCCCACUGGACCCCUUGGCUCCGGAUCUGGCCGAGUACCCCAGUUAUAGUCAGGCCCAGGCCCUUCACUGCACCGUGCAGACUGGCGAGAUGCUCUACCUGCCCGCCCUGUGGUUCCACCACGUCCAGCAGUCCCAUGGCUGCAUGGCCGUGAAUUUCUGGUACGACAUGGAGUAUGACCUCAAGUACAGUUACUUCCAGCUGCUUGACUCCCUCACUAAGGCCUCGGGCCUCAACUGACCGAGCCCUGGUGAACAUCGCCAAGGACAACUUAUGGAAAAGGCCGUGCCCCUCCUGAGCCAGUCACCUUGAGAGGCAGCCUGGAGUCAGAGGUGCUGGCUGCCGGCCCAGCUGGGCUUAGGGACAGCUUCAGAGGAUCGGGAGGACCAGGAGGCGCCAGGCAGGUCUGAGUGUGGGCUACCAGGAAGCUGGCGCACAGGUGAGGCCGCAGCCUGUUCGGGAAGCGGCGUGGGGUUCAGGGGCGGCCCCGCCUCUCACCAGCGCCGUGACCUGGGGCGAGUGACUGCCUCACAGCCUCAGUGUGCUGUCUGUGAAACAGAGAGAACGACGGUUCCUACCUCAUGGCGUACUGGGGAUGGUGUCUGUAAGGAUGGCACCAGCCUGACGCGGAGGAAGUGUUUAAUAAAAGGCGGCUAUGAUUCA